AUGAAGGCAAUGGUGAGAACAAGGACAGAAGAUGUGGAAGAUGCUACUACUGCACGGUUGGAUAGAAUGGAGAGAAUGAUUAUGAAAAUGGCGGAGACUUUACGGCAACAACAGCAGCAACAGCCACAAGAACAACCGCCACCACCACUGAGAAGUUAUUUGAAGUCUUUCCUUGUACCGAAGCUCAGAAGGUUCUUGGAGAUAUUUUAUGAUAAGUAUUUUCCACAAAGUAUGCGAGAUAAAAAGGUGACUGAAUUCGAAACCCUCAGGCAAGGGAACAAGACUGUUGUUGAGUAUGAAGCCCAGUUUGCCGAGUUGGCCCGGUUCGUACCUCACAUGAUGGACACGGACUAUAAGAAGGCACGAAAAUUUGAAGGGGGAUUACGGGGUGCUAUUCUGGACCGAGUUAAUAUGUUAAUGCUGCCUACCUAUGUAGAAGUGUUAGAGAGGGCCGUUAUAGCAGAAGGGAAUAUCGAUGCACAAAAUCGAAUUUCUGAAUGGAAGGGGAAAAGGCAAAACAGUCAAUGGUCGAAGGGGGCAACUACUCCACCAAAUAAGAAACAAAAUUCAGGGACUUCAAAUGUUUCUACCCCUAAUCAAGAUUCAAUUCCUGUAUGCGUGGAGUGUGGAAAGAGGCACCGUGGGAUAUGUUAUCGGAAGUUUGGAGCCUGCUUUCAGUGUGGAAAGACGGGCCAUGUGAUAAGGGAUUGCCCUCAGAGGAAGCAGCAGCAAAAUAGCAACAAGACUGCUACUAGCUUAACGGGGUCUGCACCAACUAUCAAUACCAAGGCACCGGUCAAAGCUACUAACAACAAAGACGCCGCGAGACAAGGUAGGGUGUUUGCAUUGGUUCCGGGAGAUGUGCAAAAGGCGGCGACAAUGGUGUCAGGUACAUUUAUGGUUCACGGUCAUUCUGCUUGUGUAUUGUUUGAUUCCAGUUCUACUCAUUCUUUUGUGUCAAAGCUAUUUACUCCUAAUUUAGAUACAUCUGAGGAAGCAUUAUCCUAUAUGCUGUGUGUGUCUUCACCAUUGGGAGAUUCUAUGAUUUGUACUUCUAUAUAUGCUGCUUGUGAACUCCACCUUGGGAAUAUUCGGGUAUACGCUAACUUAAUACCUCUCGAUAUGAUGUAUUUUGAUAUUGUACUGGGAAUGGAUUGA